GCUCCGGUCGGGGAGUUUCUCCGGGACAGUUUGGCAGCCCCCUAAUCAGGCACCUUGGGAUUCCAAACGCCCGUGCUCUGAUCGACCCUGGCGUCAGGACUCGCCGGGACUUGCAUAUUGCACCUAUUUUCCGAUCGUUUCAUAUUUUCCAUUAUUUGAUUUUUGACUUGUCGUUCAUUUCUUUGUGCGCCAGGGAGGGACAAAAACAGACUUUUGACAAAUCCGUGAAUGUCAACGCUUCUCACACCUAGAUCCAUAGUGAUCGACCCCACUACCGUCCUGUGAAUCGGAACCUUCGUGACUUUCUCUCCUCUACCCAUCUCUGACUACGCGACGGAGGACUGUUAGCUUCUUUAUGCUGCACCCUGCCAGCUCAGCCAGAGAGAGUGUGAGAAGAGAAGAGCGAGUGAGAGGAGAGUGAAACUCGCGCCAAAAUGCCCACCGGCCCGCCCGCCGACAAGUCCAGGCAAACGUCCUCUGGAAAGUCCUUCUUUGGGAGGAAGCUGUACAAAGACAGGCCCGCUGAUGAGCGCUCGGAUGGGUAUGGGGGUUCCUUCGACAGCCUGGCGCCGCCCGCCAGUGUAGCCGGUUCUCGCUCGUCCCGGUACUCCAAGCGCUCCUCGAUUCAAUCGGUCGACAUGACUGCAGACAUCGACCCUGCCGGCCUCGCUCCCAUGUCCGGUGUCAUCACCUCCAUUCCCUACGACAGCAUGCCGUCCGACACGAGAACACCUAUCCCGAUCGACAGCAUGUCCCGCCCCGACUCCUCCCGCCUUGAACCCUCACCCAACAACCUUGGCAAGUCUGGUGGUGACUUCCUCCAAUAUCCUACAUGGACUUCUACCUCUGCGCCAAACGGAUACACCUCACAUCCCUCCGGUCCCCGCCCGCCUCCUCACACCUCGGGCAUGACCAUGACCAGCAGCACCUCCGGAGACCGAGGCGCACGAUACCAACAAUGGGGUCGCCCUGGCAGCUCUGCUGCAAAUCACUCGAUAGACUCCUCGUCCAAUUCUCGUACAUCGCUCGAUCAGACCAGUCUAUAUUCCUCCCAUUCUUCCAACACCCGUGGCUCGAAUUACUACUCCGCCGACGGCUCCUCCCGAACCCUCACACCCUCCCACUCGAGUGAACGCAAUACCAUGUUUCCCAGCAGCAGUUCCGGACGUCUUUCAAAUGCGGCAGCCUCACAGCAGCCCAUACCCGCCGCAGUGCCGCGCCCACCGGAUACCUACCUGACCCGGCCACGGGAUGACCGAGUUGUGGAUCAGUUGUUCUUGGAGUUGAUGCAGAAGCGUGGAUGGCAGAAUCUUCCUGAGCAGGCCAAGCGGCAGAUGCUGGCCUAUCCGGCUUCGAAGAAGUGGACUUUGGUCCACCAGGAUCGGCUGACGGAGUUGCAAGGGGAGCAGAAACGACGACAGAAUGCCCGCCAGACUCAUGGGCAUGAUGGACUCUCCGGCCUGCUGGAGCGGGCUGACGAGGAAGGGAGCCCGGAGUGGUAUGUGAAGAAAGUCAUGGAUGAUACGAUUACUUCCAAGCAACUUGCGAGUCUCAGCGUUAGUCUGCGGACGCAGCCAAUUAGUUGGGUCAAAGCCUUCGUUGAAGCCCAGGGUCAAGUUGCCCUCACAAAUGUCCUUCAAAAGAUUAAUCGGCGCAAAGCCUCUGGUCCCGUUCCUGCUGCGCCAUCGGGUGAUAAGGACCUUGAUCGUGAAUAUGACAUCGCCAAGUGUUUGAAGGGUCUCAUGAACAACAAAUAUGGCGCGGACGAUGCUCUGGAACAUCAAGGUGUUCUUGUCGCCCUUGUCAAUUCACUUUCCUCCCCUCGACUCAAUACCCGGAAACUGGUCAGUGAGGUGCUCACCUUCCUGUGCCACUGGGCCGAGGGCCAAGGCCACCAAAAGGUCCUCCAGGCUAUGGACAAAGUCAAACAUGACCAUAAUGAGACCGGUCGUUUCGAUGCAUGGAUGCGUAUCACCGAGGUCACCAUUGAUGGCCGCGGCAAGAUGGGCAGCUUGGUCGGUGCUAGCGAGGAGUACCGCAGCGGUGGCAUUGGAAUGGAGAACCUGCUCAUGGAGUAUGCCGUCUCGACAAUGAUUUUGAUCAACAUGCUUGUCGAUGGUGCGGAGAACGACCUCCAGUUGCGAUGCCAUAUCCGCGCGCAAUUCAUCUCAUGUGGCGUGAAGCGAUUGCUCACGAAGAUGGAAGGCUUCCAGUAUGAGAUGAUUGACAAGCAGAUCGAACGCUUCCGGGAAAACGAGGCUAUCGAUUAUGAGGAUCUACUUCAACGCGAGGGCAGUAGUAUGAAGGAUAGUGUCGAGGGCGAGGUCAAGGAUAUGACUGAUCCCCUUCAAAUCGCCGAUGCUAUUGCCAUGAAAAUCCAGGGUACCCGUUCGCAUGACUAUUUCCUCUCGGCUAUGCAGCAUAUGCUGCUGAUCAGGGAAAAUGCUGGCGAAGAGGGCCUUCGUAUGUUCCAGCUAGUUGAUGCUAUGAUGAGCUACGUUGCUAUGGAUCGGAGAUUGCCCGAUCUAGAUCUUCGCCAGGGCUUGAACUUUACCGUGCAGAGCCUUUUGGAUCGUCUGCAUACCGAUGCCGAGGCUAGGCGAGUGUACGAUGAAGCUCUGGAGGCUCGCCAGAUUGCCGAGGCUGCCAUUGCGGAGCGCGAUGAGAUGAAAGCCCAGGUGGAGCUUGGUGCUGAGGGUCUAGUCAAGAAAUUACAGAAGCAGAUCGAGGAGCAGGCCGGUAUCAUCGAGCUCCAGGGUCGCCAGACCGAAGCACUCAAGGCCGAGGUCUCUGAAGUCCAACGAUUGCGUGCCCAGGAGUUGCAGCGCAAUGAAUUGGAGACCCGUGAGCUAUAUCUUAUGCUUCGUGACGCACAGGAUAUUGCUGCUUCGAAUGCUAGGAAGCAGGCUAAUGCAUCAGAGGCUGGACCUGCGGAUCCAUCUCAAUUGCCGGGCAUUAUGGAUCGCGAGCGUCUUAUGGAACGUCUCGAGCGCCAGCUUGAGCGGACUAAGACUCAGUUCAAGCUGGAGGGCAAGGUCUGGGGUCAACAUGACCCGUCUGACCGUUUGCGCGAAUUGCGUGAGCAGAUGGAAGGUGACGCCGACUCUAGCGAAGAGUUCGCCGAGUCUACUCGCCGUAACUUGGACCCUGGUUCUCUGGGAUCUGUCUACCGCAAGCGCAGCCAUGUUCCGGAUAUGGAUCAGGGCCCUGAUGGCCUGCCCAUGUCCCCUGUCGACGAGGAUGAAGAGGCUGUGUACGAGAAGCCUCGCUUGGUUGAGUACCAGCGUCCUCGCAUGAACCCUGCCCAGGCAACUGGCUUGCUUGGUGAACUUGCUUCCAAGGUGCCCAAGUAUGAUGAUGAUUCUGAUGCUGGUAUUGCCGCCGCCGCUAGUGUUGCCGCGGAUGGGUCUACCAAGGCUGAGGAUGUUGGUGAUGCUGCUCCUGCGCAGGUGCGCGAGCCCGAAACCAAGGCCGAAGUAGAUCAAAAAGCUAUGCCUCCACCUCCCCCACCCCCUCCUCCACCAGGUGGUGCCAAGGCUAUCGUUCCUCCCCCUCCUCCUCCAGGCGGCAAACUCGCUGUGCCUCCUCCUCCACCCCCGCCUGGUGGCGCCAAGGGUAUCCCUGGUCCUCCACCACCGCCUCCCCCUCCCGGUGGAAAGGUUGGCAUUCCCCCUCCGCCACCUCCCCCUCCCGGUGGUAUUGGCAUUCCACCUCCGCCACCUCCACCUGGUGGGGGUAUUGGGCUUCCGCCCCCGCCUCCUCCUCCUAUUCCUGGAGCAACUGGUGGCUUUGCUCCUCCCCCUCCUCCGCCUCCCAGUGCUCCCUUGGGCGCUGGAUGGAGACCUACGUAUAUGGUUCAAGACGAUGUAUCCUCUUCAAUUACUGGCAUGCCUUCUAUCCGGCCUAAGAAGAAGCUCAAGGCCCUGCAUUGGGACAAGGUUGAUACUCCACAGGUAACUGUCUGGGCUGCUCACGCACCGACUCAACAAGAGAAGGAACAGAAGUAUACCGACCUAGCCAAGAAGGGUGUUCUUGAUGAAGUCGAGCGUCUUUUCAUGGCCAAGGAGACCAAAAUCUUUGGAGCAAGCACCGCAGCCAAGUCACGCAAGGACAAGAAGCAGAUUAUUUCGAAUGACCUGUCAAAGAAUUUCCAGAUUGCUCUUUCCAAGUUCUCUCAGUUCCCGGCUGACGAUGUCACUCGCAUGAUCAUUCACUGUGACCAGGAGAUCUUGGAUAACCUGGUUGUGAUGGACUUUUUGCAAAGAGAGGAGAUGUGCGCGAUCCCGGAGAAUGUCGCCAAAUUGAUGGCUCCGUAUAGUCGCGACUGGACUGUCCCCGGUGCUGCUGACUCUGAGCGUGAGCAAGAUCCAAGUGAACUCACUCGUGAGGAUCAGAUUUAUCUUUCUACUGCCUUUGAGUUGAAUCACUACUGGAAGGCUCGUAUGAGAGCUCUUGCGUUGACGCGCUCCUACGAGCAUGAGUAUGAGUACAUCUCAACCAGACUGCAGGAGGUGGUUCGGGUCAGCGAGUCCCUGCGUGACUCCGUUGCGCUGAUGAACGUUCUCGGUUUGAUCCUCGAUAUUGGUAACUUCAUGAACGACGCCAAUAAGCAAGCGCAAGGCUUCAAGCUGAGCUCGCUCGCCCGUCUUGGUAUGGUCAAGGAUGACAAGAACGAGACUACCUUUGCCGACCUUGUCGAGCGUAUCGUGCGCAACCAGUACCCCGAAUGGGAGGGCUUCAGUGACGAGAUCGGAGGCGUGGUUGGACUGCAGAAGGUCAACGUUGAUCAGCUGCGCACCGACUCUGUCAAGUACAUCAGCAAUAUCAAGAACGUGCAGGCGAGUUUGGACGCGGGCAAUCUCAGCGAUCCGAAGAAGUUCCACCCUCAGGAUCGUGUGAGCCAGAUCGUUCAGCGGAGCAUGAAGGAUGCUCGUCGCAAGGCUGAGCAGUUGCAGCUUUACUUGGAUGAGAUGGUCAAGACCUAUGACGAUAUCAUGGUCUUCUAUGGCGAGGACAACACUGACGAAAAUGCUCGGCGAGACUUCUUUGCGAAGUUGGCUUCGUUCUUGAUGGAAUGGAAGAAAUCACGCGAGAAGAAUGUCGGCUUGGAAGAGUCCAGGAAGCGCACGGAAGCUUCCCUGGCUCGCAAGCGGAUCAAUGUCAAUCUUGCCAAUGGCGCUGCUACCGAGUCUCCCAAUUCACCUGCUACCAGUGGAGCGAUGGACUCGUUGCUCGAGAAGUUGCGUGCUGCCGCGCCCCAAACCAAGGAUGUGCGAGAUCGUCGUCGUCGUGCUCGCCUCAAGGAACGUCACCAAGUGCGCGUCGCCUCUGGCCAGAAGGUGCCCGAUUUCUCGGGAGCCGAGGGAGGCGAAGGGUCGGAACAGCCUGCUGAUGGGAAUGCCCAAACGGAUGAGAAUGGCUUGCUGAGCCCGCCCAUUCCCGCAGAGGGUGAAGAAGGCGGCAAAGAGGCCCAGAUCUCUGAAGGCGAGGACGUUGCUGACCGUGCCGCCAGUAUGCUUCUGGGGUUGAGGAGUAACUCUGACGCGAACGGAGAUCGCCAGCGUCGCCGACGAGAAAGCGCUGAUGAAGAGCGUCGUCAACGUCGUAUGAGACGCCGUAAUGGCGCGACGAGCGGAAGCAAAGACAGCGCCGAUGGCUCUGGAUCGGGUCUUGCAACCGUCCAGGAACCGGCCUCUCCAUCACAGACGGACUCUAUCGGUGGCACUGAAGAUCGACCGCUGCCAAGCCCCCUCGCUGACGACUUCAAGCUCUCGGUGCCCCCCGAGAUUGUCGUUUCAGAGCAGCAUGACGAUGGCCGACCUGAAACCGAAUCACAAGCUGAUGGAUCCUCUGCCAGCCAUCCGAUUGAAUUAUCGGAUUGAGACCAGACUCAACUCCUCAAGACUCACACUCAUCUAUUACUCACCCGGCCACCCUCAUAAUCUAAUGUCUGAUAGAUUUUCUCUGAUGCCGCCUCGGAAUGCCUCCUAUUUUUCUUGUCAUCUCUUGCAUCACAUCGCACACACAUCCUCAUCACAACCCUCGACCUGUAUAAUAUCAUACCCGACCCUCCCCCUCCCUUCUUUUACCUCAAAAUGUCCGAUCCUACCAGACCUACCAACUACUACCUCCGAACUCCGAAACUUUCCUUGACCUCCUUUUCCUUUUCCUUUCCCAGUCCUCGUCUAUCUCCUCUAAUUCCACUUAUCCGUGAUGAGCAAAGCAUGGAGUCAUGAUACCAUCGUGUGUUAAUUGUGAAUUUUCACCUUCUUCAUUCCCCCUUUCUUCUCUUUUCAUCCUUUCUUUCCCAUCACACUUUCCUCCUAUUCGUGUGCAAUGUUUGGGUCCGGCCGAGGGUACAUUUUUUUUCGCAUUCGCACUUGGCUCGCGGAAGCUUUGUGUCGUCCUUCUCUCUUUGUACAUAAUCCCCUUUUACAGCAGCUUUCAUACGCAUUCCUGGUCAUGGCGGUUGUGUGUACUGUCUGUGGCUGGGGUUGUUGGGCGUCGAAUUGUAUACUUUUUCGAUGGUAAAUGUUUGAUUGUAUUUUCCUGUAAUAUGAGCUAGGUAUUGGAUCUUGAUGUAUCGGAGGGAUGAUGGAUUUUGAUUCUGUUGAUGUUUCUAUGGCAGACUUGUGUGCUGUCCCAGUGUAGUAUCUGGGUAGAAAUGGCCUCGUG